AUGACCAAAGUAGUUAAGAGGGAAACGGAGGGCCUGGACACCCUGGAGUCGAUGGGCUCAUUCGCGUCCAUCGAGAACUCGCGCUGCCCAGACCACUACGACCUUCCCAUCCAGUACUUCUGCCUCAAUUGCAAGCGCCACUGCUUCUGCUCAGAAUGCGCGUUGACCAACCACCAAAACUGCGAAGUGAUGACGCUGAAGGAAGCAUUCAAGUACGUUAUGAACAACGAGAUUAACAAGUGGGUCGCCCAACUUUCGACAAAGUCGGAGAACCUGCAGGUGGGCUUCAGACAGUUCCUGGGAGACAAAAGGGAGCUGUGGGCACUAAAGCUGCAGGAUCUGCAAAACAACUCAGCGAGGACGAACCAGAUCGUGUACAACACACUGCAAGAAGUUAACAGCAGCGCGAGAAGCUGGAUAUCAGAGAACAAUCAGCAGAUCAGGGAACAGUACGAAGACUACAAGAAGCAGGUGGAGCAGAUACUGGUGGAGUACGAAAACGUGGCAAAAUCGCUGAGGGAGGAGAGGAAGAGUUCCUCGGCAGAGCUGCUGAGAUUCUACAACAAAAACUACCAGCACCUGAGACAGUUGCUGCUAUCAGGGAUCCUGGAGCACGGGAAGGACCUGGAGUGCGUUGUGAAGAACACACCGAAGCAGCUGAGGUCGGAAAUCGCUCACGGAAACGCAAAGCUGAAGAAGGUGGUGGGCCUGCUGAACAAUUUCCAGUACAACAUAAGAGUAUAG